AUGGAGAGAGCAAAGAGAGCAAAAUUGUUUGCCACUGUGGGAAACAAAGGUCGUAAGGAACUCAUCUGGAAUUGCCCAAUGGGGCACUUCACAGAUUCAGAACACCACCUUGUUGCUGAUACACUGGCAGCAAUGUAUAGCCCCACAAUUUCAAAGGAACUGGACAACAUCAUGAAGGUCCUGUUCCCUGAAGUCCUAAUAAAGAUCUACAUGGACCACCAAAAAGUGGACUAUGCCACAGCUGAAGAACUCUUCAAUUAUGACGUGUACCAGGUUAGUUCCAUGUGCUCAUAUGUUAAUCAGUGUAUAAACGAGUAA